AUGGAUCGAAAAGAUAUUGAAGAUUUUCUGAGACGUUCUAAUUCUAUAUGCGAUCAAUCAGAUGAUGCUCCUGUUGCUGUUAGGAGAAUGUCCCUCAAAGAGUUCACUGGUCUCGAUCCUUCAAAAAGGGAUCAAAUCGCGGAGCUCUCAAUUCCAUCUUGGAAGUCAUCGACCACAUCCAGUUCUUUGAUUAACCUUUAUUCCUCCAGGAGGAGAAGCUUGCUCUCUGGAGAUGUAACCGACUCUCCUACCAAACGCCUUUCCGCUCCGAAAGAAGAAGUUUUGGAUAUUAACUCCGCAUUACAAAGGAUAUCUGCUUUAACGCACAAAAUUUCAACUUUCCAUCGUCAAUCUGUUCCCUCUCCAAAGGGAGAUGCGAACUGUCGAAUGCAAUUACUGGAAGACGGAAAGAGAACGGCGACUGUGGCUCGUGAAUUAGCUCAAAUAAACAUAAGUACGGAAGAUGUCAAAUUACAAGCUCUCGUUGCUGAAAUAACCGAUGCUGUGGAUUGUUUGUGCAGUUCAGCUCUUGAAGUGAUGGCCAAUUCAAGCGUUUACCAUUCUCAAUUAAUAUCAACAGAACUACAACAGGUGUUAACAUCAUUAUCAGAUUCACUCAAUGACAUAAUGCUAAGCACAUCUCAUGAAGAUCGAUCUAUUUGUGUCAAAUCAUUAGGUCAUCUCACUUCUGCUGCAAAUCAACUUGUACAUGCAAUUUCGAGCCUAAGUUAA